AUGGAUGUACCAAAAAACCAGGAGGGCCUGGUGCACCUGGCCAGGGCUGAGAACUACCUGAAAACCAGACUCCUGAGAAUGAAGCCAGACUAUGAUGGUGCGGCUUUUGAGUAUGGGAAGGCUGCCUUAGCCUUCAAGAAAGUCAAGCACCUGAGAUCGGCCAAGGAGGCCUUUCUGAAAGAGGCAGAAGCCCACCAAAAAAAUGAUGCCCCCUUCUAUGCUGCCAAAGCCUAUGAGCAAGCUGGUCUGCUCCUGAAGGAGAUGAGGAACCUACCAGAAGCUGCACAGGUGAUCGAGAAGGCCAUCACCUUGUACCUGGAGAGUGACAGCCCAAAUACGGCAGCCAUGACCUUGAGACAGUUCAGUCUACUUCUUGAGAGUCAGAUCCCAGAGCAGCUGGUAAGCCUCUACCAGCAGGCAGCUAAAGUUUUUGAGACAGAAAAUCGUCCCCUGCAUGCUGUGGAUCUCAUUGGCAGAGCAUCGAAGGUGCUGGUUCGUACCAAGCGCUUUGCUGAGGCAGCCAUCUCACUUGACAGAGAAAAGAACUUGUACAAGGAGAUGGAGAGCUUUUCAACCUGCUUUAAGAGAAUCAUUGCAGAAAUUCUAGUUUACCUGCAUAGCAACGAGUUUGUGGCAGCUUAUAAGUGUGUCCAAGAGAGUUGUGAUGUGCCAGGUUUCAAAGGCAGUGAGGAGCACAUUGCCCUGGUACAACUGCUGGAAUGCUAUGACCGACAAGACCAAGAACAAAUGAACAAGAUCUGCAGUAAUCGCAUCUUCAAAAACUUGGGCAAUGAUUACACCAAACUGAGCUCCAGGCUGAAGAUACCUGCAAUGGAAACUUGA